AGAGAGAGAGAGAGAGAGAGAGAGAGAGAGAGAGAGAGAGAGAGAGAGAGCGAGAGAGAGAGAUUGACAGUGAUAAAGGGAGUGUAUGUUGUAAAAUGGAAACCAGAGAGCAUGCUGACUAGGGGAAAAGGAAGAGGACAUUUCGGGUCCGUGUGACUGUGUUUGUGAAGUGUGGGAGUUUCUCUUUCCCCCCUGGCUAAGUAACACACACAAUGGAGGAAGAAACCGGUGUUGUCACGACGAUAGAACUCAAUGACAGCACGCGCAUGCCCCUCUUGGGUCUAGGAACAUGGAAGACCAGCAGUUCUGUAGUGUUCCAGGGAGCUGUAGAGGCAGCCAUUGCCGCGGGUUACCGCCACAUUGACACGGCCUACUUGUACAGAAACGAAGUGGAGAUCGGCAGAGCCCUUCGUGCCAAGAUGCAACAGGGCGUCAUUCGCCGUCGAGACAUGUACAUCGUCAGCAAGCUGUGGUCCACUCACCACGCGCCCGAGGACAUCCCUGUCUGCCUGAACCAAUCACUGAGCGACCUGCAGCUGGAGCAGCUGGACCUCUACCUGAUGCACUUCCCUGUAGGCAUCCAGAAAGUAGGUGAUGAGCUGUAUCCCAUGAAGGAUGGGCAGAUUCUGAGCAGUGAUGUUGACUAUGUGGAUGUUUGGAGGGGAAUGGAAGCUUUGAAGUCCUCAGGCAAGGUAAAGAGCAUUGGCGUAUCCAACUUCAAUAUCCUCCAGCUGGAGAGGUUACUUGAUUUGACCAAGAUCCCCCCAGCAGUCAACCAGGUGGAGCUACACCCCUACCUAGUCCAGUCUGACCUGGUGGACUUCUGUAAGUCCAGGAACAUCGCCCUUACGGCCUACAGUCCCUUUGGAUCCCCUGGCAGAGCCAAAGAGCUUCAUCGUGGAGCUACAGACCCCCAGAAGCUUCUAGAAGAUCCUGUGGUGGGUGAGAUUGCAAAGGCACACAGACGAACCCCGGCUCAGGUGCUGCUGAGGUACCAGGUACAGCAAGGUAUUGCCGUCAUCCCCAAGAGUAUUAAACCCAACCACCUUCUGGAAAACACCAAGAUUUUUGGUUGGUCCCUGAGCCAGGAGGACAUGACAUCACUGAGGGGGCUGGACCGAGGCUGGAAGGCCUGUGUCAUUGACUCCCUGAAGUCUCAUCCAUACUACCCCUUUGAAUGACUAGAGCCUCAGAGAGCAAGCACAGAAGACCUGGACCAGGAGGCCUGGAGACCAGGGGACAGGACUCUAGGAAACCAUGAGUCCAAGGGGAAAUAACAGGAUUAUCUAACUCACUGGUGCUGUAGCGACAUGCCCAACUGUUUGUUUGCCUUUAUCUGAAACCACGUCAGUGAGUCCCAAUGUGAAGUUAGAGAGAUGCAAUGUUUUUGUCUGUGUGCUUAUAGUGGUGAGUGAGUUGAAACUAUGGAAGGGUCUGUGAUUUAUUAAUUGCAUGUUAUUAGUCAAAUGUGUUGUUUCACAAAUGUAAAAAGUUAUUUUUAAGAACAUGAACUAUGAAAAAAUAAACUUGUGAUAUCACUGAUUA